AUGGCCUCAGUCCCAGCCGAUAAGUCACUACUUACACUUCCGGUGGAUGUUCUCAAAGGCAUAACCAACAGCCUCGAUGAGUCUGACGAGAAGUCGCUCAAACAAACGUGCCGCCGGAUGAGUCUGCUCCUUGCACCACCACCAGCGGCACACGUCCUCGCUGGAAGCAACCCCGCCAGGGACGGAAGAUCAACCCCGCUUCCCCAGAGCCCCCUCCCCGAGAGCGCAACAAUGACGCUGCGCGGGCUGGAGCAGGAGAACCACGAGGUCGAACAGCGCGAUGCGCAGAGGGGCAUGGAGCUCUCCGAUACCGAGGAUGGAUACGGUGACGAGGACACCAGGUCAGACAUGGGUUCAAAGCCGACCAAGUACAAAGGCAGCAAGAUCCUGAACUGGACGGCGCAGCUCGACUCCGCACCCUCGAGCCCGAAGCUGCGCAGCCCUGCGUCGUUCCUGCACAGCCCCAGGCCAGAAUCCCCGCGGCCGGCAGAGGUCGAGCUGCCGACGAGGCACUACCGAACUACGUUGAACCAGCGGGAUCAGGUCCAAGAUGAGGAGGAGAAGAGCUCGUUGCUGAAGAGCUGCCACAAGAGAAGUGCUGAGAGGACUCUUAGGGUCCUGGAGAAGAAUGGAGGAAUAUUUAUUAAGCUGGGACAGCACCUGAGUGCCAUGAACUACCUACUACCCACCGAAUGGACGACGACAUUCAUCCCCUUACAGGACAAGUGCCCGGUGUCCUCAAUCGAGUCGAUCGAAGAGAUGUUCAAGAGAGACACGGGGGAGGAUCUGUCAGACUACUUUUCCGAGUUUUCCCGCGAGCCAAUCGGUGCUGCCUCGCUAGCCCAGGUACACUUGGCCACGAUCAAGGAGACGGGUCAGAAGGUCGCGGUCAAAGUGCAACACCCAACCCUGGCAAGCUGGGCGCCCCUCGACUUGGCCCUGACAAGGUUCACCUUCACGACAUUGAAGAGGUUCUUCCCGGAAUACGAUCUAGAAUGGCUGUCCAAGGAGAUGGACGCGUCACUUCCCCAGGAACUCAACUUCCAAUGCGAGGCUGAGAACGCCAUGCGCACGAAAGCCUACUUCGCGAAGUACCCGAAACUACCGCUCGUCAUCCCCUCGGUCAUCUGGGCAAAGAAGCGUAUCCUCGUGAUGGCCUGCGAAUCGGGCCACCGGCUAGACGACCUGGAAUACCUCGACUCUCAAGGCAUUGACCGCGACGAGGUAUCGGCUACCCUGGCCCACAUCUUCAACGAGAUGAUCUUUGGCGAAGGCGCACCACUUCACUGUGACCCGCACGGCGGCAACAUCUCGAUCCGCAAGAACGACACGCGGCGGUACGGCGCCAACUUUGAUGUCAUUCUGUACGACCAUGGGCUCUACCGCGAUAUCGAAACCGACAUGCGCCGUUCGUACGCGAAGAUGUGGCUGGCGCUCUUGGAUGGCGAUUUGGAGCGCAUGAAGAAGCACACCAAAGACGUGGCCGGCAUCACGGACGAGCAGUUCCCGCUGUUCGCAUCCGCCAUCACGGGCCGUGACUUCACGGUGGUCCAGUCGUCCAUCAUGAAGCCCAAGUCGCCGGACGAGCAGAAGACCAUGUCCGGCGCCCUGCAGGAGGGCCUGCUCGAGGACCUGAUCCAGCUGCUGGGCCAGGUGCCGAGGAUCAUCCUCCUGAUCCUCAAGACGAACGAUCUCACCCGCAGCCUCGAUGAGAGCCUGCAUACGCGGCAGGGGCCGAUCAGGAACUUUUUGAUCUUGGCGAGGUACUGCAUGAGGACGGUGUUCAACGAGCAGCUCGAGCAGAUCAGGCAGCAUGGGUCGUACCUCUGGCCGCCCAACACGCUGAGACUCAUUGCUGCGUCCCUGGGCUUCAUCCGGGUGGAGGUCAAGCUGAAGGCGUUUGAGCUCUGGCUCAUGAUCAAGAGGAUGGCAGGCUUCAACACCACAAACAUGAUGGGGCUAAGCAGGGACGUUCGUGAGCACGCCUUCGCCGAGUUCUACCAGGCAGAACGCCACAACUUCAUCGCCUUCGAAUCCACAACCCCGGUUCCCUCCCUCGUCGCCUCAGCCCACGGCGUGGUCCUGGACCUCGGGCCCGGGGCGGGCACCCAACUGGACCGGUUCAACGCCUCGCGAGUCGAGCACGUCUACGGCGUGGAGCCCAAUACGGCCUUUGCCCCGGCCUUCGCCGACAGAUUGCGGGAGACGGCGCUGGGACAGGACGGCAAGUACACACUUGUGUCCUGCAGCGUCGAGGACGGCGAGGCGCUGGCGCGGUAUGGAGUCAUGGAGGGGAGCGUCGAUUGUGUGGUCAGCAUGCAGGUGCUGUGCUCUGUCCCGGACCCGGAGGAGCAGGCUCGGCAUCUUUACAGGCUCCUGAAGCCCGGUGGUGAGCUCAUUUUCUGGGAGCAUUGUCGGAAUAAGGACGUCGUGACGAGGUCUGUCCAGUGGCUAUGGGGCCUCGUCUGGCCGAGCGUAUUCGGUGGUUGCCGGCUUGACCGGGUCACGAGGGAGACGCUGGUCGGGGCCGGCGACUGGCAGACUGUCGAGAUCGAGACGAGCAUGGAGCCCCACGAUUUGAUGCCGCGUGUCUGGGGGAGACUGGUCAAGCCCCGGGCAGCUUGA